AUGGGUCCGCAUACACACAGUCGUUCUCCACCACGCACUCGAGGGGAUUCCCGUGGGCGCUCCAGAUCACCUUCAGCAGACUACCGGAGAGUACGCGAUAGCUCUCGUUCUCGUUCGCCUCGUGGCCGCUAUGGUGGCGGUGGUGGUGGUUAUGGGGGUCGUGGCCGUGGUGGCGGUCGUGAGGGACAAGAUCGUGAGAACCCACCUCCAUCCAAAUGUCUCGGUGUAUUCAAUCUUUCUUCGUACACAACUGAGAAGGACCUGCGUGAUGUGUUCGGAGAAUUCGGUGAAAUCGAAAAAUGCGACUUAGUCUAUGACCGCCCAUCAGGAAACUCGCGUGGAUUCGGAUUCAUCUAUUUCGAGCAGAUUGACGAUGCCGCUGCUGCAAGAGAAAAGCUUUGCAACACGGAUCUCGAUGGUCACAAGAUUCGCGUCGACUACUCAUUCACCAAGCGUGGUCAUUCUCCAACUCCAGGGCACUACAUGGGAGAUCGUCGUGAUGGUGGAACCAGCGGUGGACGCGGCGGAAGAGAUCGCUACAACGACAGAGGAAGUCGCGGUGGAGGUGAUAGAUAUGGUGGCGAUCGUUACGAAUCGGCCCGUUCUGGGGGAGAUCGUUACGGUGGCGGAGAUCGAUAUGGAGGAGAUCGCGGUGGUCGUAGAGGAUCUCCAGAGAGAAGACAAGGAGGAGGUGGAGGCUUCCGUAGUGGAGGUGGCGGCGGAGGCUACAUGAGAAACGGAGGAGGUGGUGGAAUGGACCGUCGAGACCAUCGUGACAGUGACAGACAAAUCGGUGGCGGCCAUCGUCCAUAUGAUCCCCAAUUCAGACGCCGUGUCGAAUCAUAUGGUUCAGGUGGCGGCGGCAGCGGAGGACAACGUCGCAAUGACAGAUAUUAA